AUGCAUAUCGAAAAGCAUAUUGGUAGCGCUUCACAGAGUGAUUCGUCUGGAAUCUGGGAGAUAUCAAAGUCGCAGGAUGAGCAACAACACAUCACCGAUACCUCUCCAUCUGUGGAUUAUGGCUCCAGCUUGGGAAGAACAGCACGUCGCAAGGUCGACAUUUCUGUCUUGGUCGUUCUCUUUCUCGGCCUUCUCGUUUUCCAGCUUGACCGCAUGAAUCUCGCUAGUGCAUUGACAGGCGGGUUCGCAAAGGACAUUUCGAUAAAUCAAAGUACCGUCAAUCUGGGGAACCAAUUGAUGUUUAUGAGCACUGUGAUAUUCGAGAUUCCGUGCAACAUGAUUCUCCAACGGCUAGGCCCUAGAAAAUGGAUUGCUGGCCAAGUCUUUGCAUUUGGUCUCACAGCAACAAUGCAAGUCUUUGUGAAGAAUAGGGCUGGCUUCCUGGCGGUGCGAUUGAUGCUUGGCUUCACUGAGGCCGGCUACAUUCCCGGUUCUAUAUAUACGCUCUCCACAUGGUAUACGCCGAGUGAAUUGGCCAAGAAAGUGGCCAUUUUCUUUUUUGGCAUGUUUGGCGGAAACGCCCUCAGUCCGGUGCUUGCAUCUGGAAUCCUUCGUCUGGAUGGAAUGCAAGGGCUUCGUGGUUGGCAGUGGCUGUUUCUAAGUAUUCAACCCCGUCAUAUUUGGGAGGAUCAUGACCCGACUAACAUUGUUGACGAGGCAUCACCGCUCGUGGGACCUGGUAUCGUUCGGCUUUCGAGCGCCGAGAAGGAGCUGCUUCAGAGCCGACUAGCCGCAGAAAAGGGUCCUCAGAAGGAGGACGAAGAGGUCAUGGACUGGCAACUUAUCUGGAGGGUCGUGUCUCACUAUCGCCGCUGGCCAACAUACGUGUCCUCCUUUUGCGUCUUUUCAACUUGGUCCCCACUGACAACUUACACGCCAUCAAUCAUCAUGUCUCUAGGGUUUGCACGCAUAGAGGCCAAUGCUCUCGCAGCCGUGGGUGCCUUUCUGGCACUUGCCGUAGUAUUCUUCUUCGCAUAUGUCAGCGACAGGACCAAUCUCCGCGGCGGCACGGUCAUUUCCGCGCAAGUCUGCUACCUCAUUUGUGUCGUUGUCGCCCGACAAGUGCAUCCGGUGGUAGGCAAGUGGUCACGCUGGGGAUUGUGGACAGCAGUGAAUAGCUUUGCAGUUGGCUACCACCCAGUGUCGAAUACGUGGCUCCAACUGAAUUGUCGCGAUCGACGAGAGCGCAGCAUUGGUAUCGCGUAA